CAGUCCAUGCAGGCUCAUCUGAGAAAAACUGCUCAGCCAGUGGAGACCCCUGUCAGGAAGGAGUGGUGCUGCCAGUGUGGAACCCCCAGAACCCUUCGGUUGGGGACAAAGUGGCACGGGCCAUUGUUUACUUCGUUGCACUCAUCUAUAUGUUCCUGGGCAUGAGCAUUAUAGCAGACCGAUUCAUGUCUUCUAUAGAGGUCAUAACCUCCCAGGAGAAGGAAAUCACCAUAAAGAGGUCAAAUGGUGAGACCACUACGGCCACGGUCAGGAUCUGGAACGAGACUGUUUCCAAUCUCACUUUAAUGGCCUUGGGUUCUAGUGCCCCUGAGAUACUGCUGUCUGUUAUUGAGGUUUGUGGUCACGGUUUCGAGGCUGGCUCUCUGGGUCCCAGUACCAUCGUGGGCAGCGCUGCCUUCAACAUGUUCGUCAUCAUCGCUGUGUGUGUGUAUGUGGUUCCCGAUGGAGAGACGCGCAAAAUCAAACACCUUCGAGUAUUUUUUGUCACGGCAGCCUGGAGCAUCUUUGCCUACAUUUGGCUGUACCUGAUUCUGAGUGUCUCCUCCCCUGGAGAGGUGGAGGUGUGGGAGGCGGUGCUGACCUUCCUCUUCUUCCCCCUCUGCGUCGUCCAGGCCUGGGUGGCUGAUCGGCGCCUCCUCUUCUACAAGUAUGUCCGCAAGCGUUACCGUGCCGACAAGCACCGUGGCAUCAUCAUUGAGACAGAAGGUGCGGAUGUAGGGUUAGGAGGUAUGGACGGAGGAGUUGGAGGAGCGUUGGGUCCGGGAGGGUUCACCAAAAUGGACAUGCUGGAACUGGACGGACAGAUGGCAUUGAACUGUCACAGCGGGAUGGAUGGAGGGAUGUUGGAGGACAGAGGACAGAAGGACGAGGAGGAUGAGGCUAGGAGGGACAUGGCGAGGACGCUGAAGGACCUGAAGCAGAGGCACCCGGAUAAAGACAUGGAGCAGCUGAUUGAGAUGGCCAAUUACCAGGUCCUGAUGCAGCAGCAGAAGAGCAGAGCGUUCUAUCGUAUCCAAGCAACCAGGAUGAUGAUCGGAGCCGGCAACAUCCUCAAGAAGCACGCUGCCGACCAGGCUCGCAAGGUGGUGAGCAGCCACGAGACCCAGGCCCAGGAGGAUGACCCUCACACCGUCAGGUUGGAUUUUGAACCCGCUCUGUAUCAGUGCUUUGAAAACUGUGGCUCCCUGAAGCUGACUGUUGGCAGACACGGAGGAGACCCUGGAAUUACUGUCAAGGUGGAUUAUCGCACAGAAGACGGGACAGCAAACGCAGGUUCAGAUUAUGAGUUUGCCGAGGGAACUCUGCUGUUUAAGCCAGGAGAGACCCUCAAAGAGAUCACAGUCGGGGUGAUUGAUGAUGACAUUUUUGAAGAGGAUGAGUAUUUCUACGUCCACCUAAGUAACCCUCGAGUGGCUGGUCACCCUGAGAUUGGCACUGCCCCCCUGGAUGCUACUGUCACCCCCAAAGCUGUGUUGGGUGACAACCACACUGCCACAGUGACCAUUUACGACGAUGAUCACGCAGGUAUCUUUACCUUCGAGAGCGCCAGUCAGAGAGUGAGCGAGAGCGUAGGUGUGAUGGAGGUGAAGGUGCUCAGGACAUCAGGCGCCCGAGGCCUGGUAGCUGUCCCUUACCGAACCCUGGAUAGCACCGCUAGAGGAGGGGAAGACUACGAACUGUCUGCUGGCAAGCUGGAGUUUCAAAAUGAUGAGACCAUGAAGAUCAUUGAGGUGAAGAUUAUUGAUGACGAAGAGUAUGAGAAGAACAAGACCUUCAUCAUUGAGCUGGGGGAGCCCGUCUUGUUGGAAAUAGGACAGAAACAUGUGCUUUUCAAUUACGGUGACUCCAAUGAGAACAAGCCACUGGUGGGAGCAGAUGACGAAGAAGUGGCUAAAAUGGGCUGUCCCAGCCUGGGUGAACACACACAAGUAGAGGUGGUCAUAGAAGAGUCCUACGAGUUUAAGAAUACUGUAGAUAAGUUGAUCAAGAAGACAAACCUGGCCUUGGUGGUGGGAAGCAGCAGCUGGAGGGAGCAGUUUGUCAGUGCCGUUACCGUCAGUGCAGGAGACGAUGAUGAGGAAGAAAGUGGCGAGGAGCGACUGCCAUCCUGCUUCGACUACAUCAUGCACUUCCUCACUGUCUUUUGGAAGGUUUUGUUCGCCUUCGUCCCGCCCACAGAGUACUGGAACGGCUGGGCCUGCUUCAUCGUCUCCAUAUCACUCAUCGGCGUCCUGACGGCAGUUACCGGUGACCUGGCAUCACACUUCGGCUGCACGAUAGGGCUGAAGGACUCGGUGACAGCUGUGGUGUUUGUGGCGCUGGGCACGUCGGUGCCAGACACAUUCGCCAGCAAGGUCGCUGCCAUCCAGGACCAGUACGCUGACGCCUCCAUUGGCAAUGUCACCGGCUCCAACGCUGUCAACGUCUUCCUGGGCAUCGGUGUGGCAUGGACCAUCGCUGCCGUCGUCUGGCGCUCCAAGGGCAAGAAGUUCAUGGUGGACCCAGGAAACCUGGCCUUUUCCGUCACCCUUUUCACCAUCAUGGCCGUGUUUUGUGUCUGCAUACUGCUGUACCGGCGGCGGGCAACGGUGGCUGGGGGCGAGCUGGGCGGGCCACGGACUUGCAAGCUCAUAACGUCGGUGCUGUUUGUCUCGCUGUGGCUGCUUUACAUAAUGCUGGCUUCUUUGGAGGCCUACUGCCAUUUACCAUUCUUUUAA